AUGGCGCCAGCAACUUCAACAACAUCGGAACAGGCUCCUGGCAAGCGGCCGGCGACGCCCCCUUCAUUCGCUGCCUCCGGCUUGCUGGUGCCCUCCGUGUUCUGGUUCUUGGGCGUCGUCGUCGGGAAGGCGUCGGGAUGGAAAGAGUGCUCCGUGUCGCCGGAGGACAGGUGGAGCCCGGCGCCAUCGAGGACUUCGACUGCCGCGCUGAGGAUGCGCUUCGACUACGAAAGGCGGUACACUUGCGACUCCAAACACGCCUCCUACUUGGCAGCCUCCUACUACUUCGACUCUCCCUGCACGGCAAGGCGAUUCCCUUCCCCCCCUGACGUCACUUCGUGCUUGAAGGGGAGACGAGUGAUUUUCCUGGGGGACUCUCUGUCGAACCAGCAGGGGGACUCCCUCAUGGGCAUGCUGGGCUGGCACCCAGAUUGGAUGACCAAGGGGGCCCCGCGAAACAGCAAGCUGGAUAUUGAGGACGGAUCGAAGCACUUUACCCUGGUUGACUGCUAUCACCCUUCACUCGGUGGGAUCCAGAGAUGCUACGACUAUUCCACGAGCGCCUUCCCCCCGCCUGCAGCUUCAGAUCACCCGGUGUCGCGAGAGAAAUCGCGAAAAAAGAAGUCCAUCCGUGCUGGGGCAACAUCAUCGGAAAAGGUAAAGCUGUCCAUGCGAGGCAGGACAACCACCGCGAUAAAGACCGCCCAAACCAAAGGCACAAGAGGCCUCGGACACAAGAGGCGCAAGAGCCAGAGGCACGGGCGGUGGUGGUGGUGGGGAGAGGGGCACGGACAGGAGGAGGAGGAGGAGGUGGAGGAGGAGGAAAUAGAGGAAGAAGAGGAAGCGGAGGAAGAGGAAGCGGAGGAGGACGAAGUGGAGUACGGGGAGACUUUCGACGUCGAUGGGAAUGAAAUCUCGGUGCACAUGCGGAUGCUUUCGAGGCCCAGCGGCGAGCACUGGUUGUUGAAGGCCGCGAGCGACUUCAACGAGACGAGAGCCUCGGACGUGUUCGUGGUCAACUUCGGGGGUCACUACCACGACAUACCCGAGGACGACGAGGAGUUCAAGACGGACAUGAUCCCCGUCCUCCAAGACAUGGCGGUUCUGGGCCAAAACGCCACCGUCAUUUGGAGAGAGAUCGCCCCGACCCACUUCCCCGCCGCGAAUGGGUCUUACGACUCUUACGCCGACCUGGACGCGAAAGAUCUCACACCGAGGUGCACUGGGACUCCGCCCAAAGUAUUCGACCGAAAUGAGUGGGUGGAGAACUACGUGCGCGACAACGGUCUCGAGGACAGGAUCAAGCUGCUUCGAAUCUACGACAUGUCGGUGCCACGGGGAGCGGCCCAUCACACGUGUCACUUUGCGCCGCCGUCUACCAUGAAGCAGCCCCGGGUGAAGAACGACGGCCGCGGUGCGGCUUCCGGUCCGAUCGACUGCAGGCACUGGUCCGAAACCGGCGUCGUCGAGGAGUGGAACACCCUCAUGCUCAACCACCUCUGCCCGAUAGAGUGA